CUGAAAGAUUUUCAGUGAUGCACGUUUGUGUGUCUCAAAAUUCGACUGGCAGUGGCGAAAAGCUGGAAUUCCUUCUUGUAAGUGGUCCUGUGGUCCUGGAGGAGCUCAAUAUCCAAUAUUCAAUGCCCACCGCAUCCGCGAAGCGCCGACUCUAUCAUUUGUAAAUUCCGUAGGGAGCGCGCAGCAACACUGAAGGUUUUCAAUAGAACAACUAACGUGCGGUGUGCGGGCGGGAACACGCCAGGUGACCGAAAGCAGCACAAUUCCCAAUCUUGAUCCUCACCCACGAAGUAGAGGAAACUUUCUCUUGGAAGGACAGGAUGAAGCUUUUCGCUGCGUUAAAUCUGUUCUUGGGUGUAUCUCGAGUAAUCUUGGAUGGCUUACGCUUUGCUUUCGUUCCUACUCUCGUUGAUGUUCUUCGAAACCCUCUGCGCAUUUUUCGGCUAUCUGAGACUUAUAUGACCCACCUUUGGGCAGUACUCUCGGACUUGGUGGAUGAAAAUGCUCGCCCUAUGAAAGAAAGCAUUAUUUCUUCUCAUGCUCACGGUGUAGUCCUCGACUUGGGUGCGGGUUACGGGCAUACAAUUCUUUAUCUCGGCCGACCCAAGGUUUCCAGAUAUAUUGCUCUAGAACCCAACGUUUGUAUGCACGCCAAGAUUCGAGGAGUCGCGAAUAAAUCCGGUUUCUUUGAAUCAGACGGUUCCCUAGUCAUCCUUGACCACAGAGCGGAAAAUCUCUCUCUCAUUCCCCAUUUCAUUGACGGUCCUGUUGAUACUUUGAUCACAGUUCUCACCGUUUGUUCAAUUCCGAACGCCAGACGUGUCCUGACUCGUCUGGUCAGAGACAUCGUCAAACCCGGUGGCCAGUUCCUGUUCUACGAACAUGUUAGAAAUCCGAGGGACGAUGUCGCUUGGUGGCAGAAAUUCUACAAUCCUGUAUGGGGUCUCUUUUUCGACGGGUGUAGACUUGACCAGCCGACGGACAAGUGGGUGGAGGAUAUGAAGGAUCUUGAUGAAUAUGGAAAGGAGAUAUGCAUGUGGAGUGAAGGAAAUUGUUGGACAGAUCCCAAUGCUUCUGAGGAGAAUUUAACCUGGCAUGUUGCUGGGAGAUUUGUGAAGAGAUUCUCAUAG